GAAUCGGGUCAGUGACUCGGUGUAUUCAAUUAACUUCGUCCUUCUUUUUCAUAAAACCCCAAACCCUGAGAGCUCUAGCUGUUUCAGCAGUAGCACCAAUUCCUCCUCCGCAGAAAUGGGUAGAGCCGAGAAAGAGCAACUGAACCGAACUCUGAACCAGCACCUCAACACUGUCCAUGAAAUCUUAGAGGUGUUGGAUCAAAACCCACCUUCUACACUUGAGAAGGUGAGCUGGGAAGAGGUCGUCCAGAUGGGUAACCAAGUCUCCAAACAAGCCACCAUUGUUGGAAUGAUUUGGAGUGGAGAAAGAGUAGAAGCUAGAGUGCUUGAAGAAAACAUGACUGCCUACUUUAAUAUGCUACAAGGUUUUCUUCUUCUUUCACAUGGGAGUAUGGUUGGUGCAGGGCCUACUCUUUCUUCUUGUGUCCACGCAUCUGUAAAGCAAGUUGUUGACUCCAGUUUUAAGUUGAUGAAGGAAUCUAUCUCGUUGUAUGGAGCAGUGAAUAAAGACUGGAAACUGUCGAUUCCACAGUUGGCUGGUGCAGUAUGGGAAGCCUGUUCUGCUCUUAAGAAGACCCCUGCCACAAAUGUCACAGCAAUUGGGCGAGCAAUGACGCAGGUUGCCGUCAGCAUGAAAGAUGUACUUCGUGAGAUGAAGGAGCUUAAGCCGGCUACUGACCCAACAGAAGAUGAGACUGAAGCAGAAAUUGAGCCCCAUGAUGAUGAAACUUCGAGUGAUAGUGAUCUGGGAAAUGACUUGUCACCUGAAGAGAUGAAAGUUGCUGAGCUAGCAAUUCCAGCCGUGUCUGAGACUCUUGUAGUGAUAAAGGAACUAAUUCGUGCCAUCACAAGUUUGCUUAAACGGGAAAGUCCAAAUGACAGUAGUCUUGUGGAUUCUCUGGAGAAACUGUUGAAGAUGUGUCAAGGAAUUGGAGAACAGAUAGAUGAGCUUGGAGCUUGUCUCUACCCCCCGCAAGAGGUUCCCACUAUCAAGGCAGUAUUGGAGAAAAUGUCGAGCCUUACUGAUGACAUGAAAGCUGAAUUACAGAGUCUUCAAGAAAAUUUGGAAGCUUUUUGUCAGGCAUGCGAUUGUUUGAAGGGUUCAUUGAGACAGCUUGAAUCUGCACUAGACCAUCCAACAGUUAUUGGUUUAGAAACCAGAGUGCAGCAGAUUGAUUUGAACAAUUGGGGAGGAGAAAACGCGAGUGAUUAUUGAAGCAGAACUUUUGUAAGUUUGAUUUCCAAUUAAAGGAAAUGGUUCUUGUAAUGGCUCGUGUUUCAACAGUUGAACUAUAUGAUUGUCUUCUGUUAGUAUAAUAGGAUUGUUUAUAUCAGCUAAAAUUUUGAAAUCAA